CAGAAUUGAGGAAUCACCAUCAUUUUGUGUGUUAAAUAUCGUCCUAGGACAGUUGUAAUAUCUGGUGGUGUCACUGUUGAAAUAAAUAGUAGCCCCUCAAAUUCAAUUUGGAGACCACAUGCCAUAUAGUAUCCAAUUUAUUUGCACAUGACAUUAAAUUACAACUUUGAAAGUAUCGAAGAAUUCAAAAAUGGAUGGUUUGGGGAUUCUUCGUAUUCGAGUUGAGCGAGGUAUUAACCUUGCUGUGCGCGACACCAAAACCAGCGAUCCUUACGUUGUCGUCGACUGCGCUUCUCAGAAGGUGAAGACUAGAGUUGAGAAAGACAACUGCAACCCGGUUUGGAACGAAGAGUUGACUAUAUUCAUCAAAGACAUAAAUGCCCCCAUCACUCUAUCGGUGUACGACCACGACACGUUCACCAAAGAUGACAGCAUGGGGAGAGCAGAAAUAGACAUAAAGCGUUUCGUAGAAUGUGUGAAAAUGGGGUCGCAGGAUUUGGCCGACGGCACACAAGUGUGUCGGAUGGAGGCGAGCAAGGACAACUGCCUGUCCAAGGAGAGCUGCAUCGUGUGGAGCAACGGGAAGAUGGUUCAGGACAUGCUUCUUAGACUCAGAGACGUCGAAUGCGGCGAGCUCCAGCUCCACAUCGAGUGGCUUCAUCUUCCUAACUAAUUUAUUACAUAAUCAUGAUGAUGAGGAGCAAGUAAUUAGAGAAUAAGAAGUUGCUCGUGUGUGCUUGUGUUGCUACUCAUUUCCACUUUGUUUCAUGUUUAAUUACCUAACUUGGAUUAUAUAUAUGCUUUUGUUUGUGAUU